AUGCAACAGUCUGUAGUUGAAGCAUUGCCAAUAUGUCCCUGCGAAUAUAAAUACAACCCAGUCUGCGGCUCUGAUGGCAUCACCUACAUGAACGAAUGUGUCCUUCAAUGCAGCAGCAAUCAAAGUCCAUCUGUACUCAAAGUAAGCGACGGCGAAUGCAAAACUUGCAUCUGCCAGCAGGUUAACUUACCCGUGUGUACCCUGGAAGGGCUAACGUUUCCUAACGAAUGUGAACUAGCAUGUGAAAACAUAAAGCGUAUAAAUGCCAAACAGCCAAUCAUCUAUCUUGCUUACCGAGCUGCUUGUGUUGGACCUCUAACUGGAUGCACGGACCUCGCUUCUCCAGUUUGCGGCACAGAUGAUAUCUUGUAUAGAAACCAAUGCGUUCUUGACGUCACUAGCAGUUACCUCAUAAAAGAAGGCAAACAAGCCAUUGAAGUUAAGAACAACGGCGCUUGUUUAGAUGGAUGUCUUUGUCCACAAGAUGCUCAACCAGUUUGCGGAAGCGAUGGUCGCGUAUAUAACAAUCCAUGUUACCUAGCUUGUCAGAACAGAAGGAAUUCUUGCUCCAAAUAUUCAUUUCUAAAUAUCGUCGACGACAGCGUGUGUUAUGCAUGUCACUGCAAACCAGAAGAAAGCCCCGUCUGUGGUACAGAUGGUAGGACUUAUAACAACCCUUGUGAGCUUAACUGUGAGGCUAAGAGGCAAGGAGAUUCGUAUCUAGCAAUAGCUAGUUAUGGGAAAUGUUCCGAAUGCUACUGUACACAGGAGAAUGUACCAGUGUGUGGGAGUGAUCAGACGAGUUACAUAAACGAGUGUCAUUUGAGAUGCGCCAAUUAUGUUGAUGGUGGAAAGAGAAGUGUGUAUUAUUAUGGAGAGUGUGAACCGCGGGGUUGUAAUUGCAACACCUGUCCUCCAGAAUAUCAGCCGAUGUGUGGUACCGAUGGCAGAACUUAUUGGAACUUGUGCUGGUUGAACUGUAAUGCUGGCUGUUUAUCGAGAGAUAAGAACACAUCUCAAUCGUUAUUCCUGAAGAAGAGAGGUGCUUGCGAAUUAUAA